AGAAGACACUAUAGAGGUGUAAAACAGAGACCGUGGGGGCAAGUGGGCAGCGGAGAUCCGUGAUCCAAAGAAAGCAGCUCGCGUUUGGCUGGGAACCUUUGAUACGGCGGAGGAAGCAGCAGCUGCUUAUGAUACCGCAGCAUUAAGAUUCAACGGAACCAAAGCUAAACUUAAUUUUCCAGCUCAAAGCACCCAAUUCCUAGAGAAAACCCAUUCAAGGUACCUGUUGUUGAGUUCUCAUUCUCAAGAUUCGGUCAUGGCCCCCCAAAUUGUUGGUAGCUCAUCAGUUACUCCUCCGCCGCCGUCACAGCAAGCAUACCCAUACCCAUACCUGUAUCAGUAUGCAAAUCUGCUUUGCACCAGUGAAGAUGUUCAUACAUGGAACGCCGCUGCUUCAAGCCUCCAUAUUGAAAAAGUACCCUUCAUUAAUUUAGAACAUUCGUCAACAGUAUCUUCAUCAUCUUCUUCGGUGGUAGUGGUAUCUCAACAGGAACUGGAUGCAGAUAAAGAUAGUACGAGGUUGGCGUCUUCUUCGAGUUAUGAUCCUUGUUUCGAACAGGGGAACGACUUCCCCUAUAUAUCCUCCUGAUCACCGCCGGAUUAUUGUUAAGUAUGU